GAUUCUCGCUAGUUUUUACUUUUAAAGCAUUCUCACAUUACAUUUAUAAAUUUUAAAAAUGCAGCAGAGUUUGAUUCCUGGCCACAACAACAACCGCCACCUGUCGAUCGAGGAAAUCGAAAACAAUAUCGGUGGGCUCCCUGUCACUGAGAAUCGCAUUCAAGAAAUCUUCGAUGCUUUGGAUGAAGGGCAUGCGGGCACUGUGUCAGUCGAUGUUGUAAAGGAUUUCUACUACAGUCUGGAGCAUUACGGCCUGGAGCUGAGUGACAAAGAAGUCGAUGGGUUUGUGCGCAGAUUUGCAAAUACCCAUAAGGACUCCCUCAUAUUCGAUGAGUUUGCGUGCCUUAUUCUUACCCUAGCCCAGUGGUAAAUUAUUUAUUUCCCCCUUGCAUUAUAUGUAUGUUUAAAAUGAUUUUUUAUUUUUUAGCUCGAUAGGAAUAUAGUCAUUCUAUGUAUAUAAUAUGGGUGAGGAAGUUCUUUAUGUGUUAGGGUGCAAGUCUUCUCGUCCCUUUGCUAUAUAUAUUUAUGUAUUUUUUUAUAUAUCAUUUAUUUUGUCUAUUGAGUUGUAUGAUCUUUAAGUCGACGAUAUGAACCCGAAAAAAUCAGAAUCAUUUGUUUAAAUAAAAAUAACGUCAGAAAGGUUA